GUCUAGAAAACCGUGAAACAUUUCCCUUAGAGCCUCCUGAAAUUGUGAAACUAAGAAAACUGUACCGAGAUGUUUAAGAAGAAAAAUCGAGGUGGUAAAGCGUUGCAAAGUGGAAGAAAAGUGGGCUUAGAAGUUGGAGGAGCGAGAAAUGUCAAAAGAUCGCAAGAUCUGCGCUCUGCUCUUUCUCGAAAAAAGGCUAAAAAAGCGCAAGGGUUUCGUGUUCCUGCCACUAAAACGAAUACGAGGAAUAUUGUUGACGCGAGGCAAACUAUUUCUUCGAAAAAAAAACUAACUCAACCGAUCAUUCGUUCCAUUUCCUUGCUAGAGGAUCAGAGAAAAGAAAAAAGACAAAAUGAAUUUCAGAAAAAUAGGUCUUUGACGCUGUCGACUGGUGGCCAUAUUCAAAUUACUACGAAGCAAGAUGUCCCGCCAAAUAGGUCAGCUACAGUGAUGGGAGAUUCGAUCCGGAUCACUGCCAAAGUAGAGCGUAGUAAGGAAGAUUUGGAACGAGAAGCAAACAUCACUGCAGGGUAUCUUACGAUAACAGCUAAGAAUGAGGAGGCAAAAAGAAAAGAGAGGGAACAACUCUUAAGAAAGCGAGAGAGACAAAACGAAGCAAAAAGGAGGGAACGAGAGAGGAAAGCUCAAAGAAGAGAAAAGGAGAGAAGGGAGAAUACGCUGUACAGUCAGAUUAAUGUAGAAAACAGCGUCUACGCAUCAAAAAAAUCCGAACCUCUCCUAGCGGGCAGAUUCGGAGAUAGUUUGUUGGAGGGCAGAUUGGAUCACGGAAUGAGCAGUACCGCAGCACAGAUUCAAAGGGGUCGGGAGCCAUCUAAACAAGACAUACCAACUUCCGGUUGUAGGAUCACGGUCUCGAAUUUACACCCGCUUGUUACUCAACAAGACGUUGAAGAACUCUUCGGCGUAGUGGGUGAGUUACGCAGUUGUAAAAUGCUUGGAAGGGGAUCAGCAGAAGUUGUGUAUGUGAAUAAAGAAGAUGCACACUUUGCAAUUAAUAGAUACAACAACAGGAAACUUGAUGGGCAGCCGAUGCUUUGUAAGCUAAACAUGCAACCAUCAGCAUCACUCUACUCACCUCCACCGGCCAGACUAGCCCCUCUUCCUCCUCUACGUGCUGCCCCUGCACCAGCAGCAAAGCCUCUUCCAAGGAGUGUUCCUGCAGAGUAUGAUGGAGCACCAACAGAAGCUUCAAGACCAGUGGUCUUCAAAGUCAGAAUAUAGGAAAGUCCAAACUCUCAUUGAUUUAAACUUUGUGCUUGAACAAGUUUUGUAACGAUUUGUGUAUCUUAAACAUUUUAGUUAGAAUAUUUCAAGGUUGUCAUUUUGAGCCCCCAGUAAUAAUGUAAAUGCCACCCCCCCUGGUAAGGUGAGAAAGAAAACCACACUUUUAGAGAGGAGGAAAUUAAGCCAAAUUUUGUGAACUUUAGAAAACUGUUACAUUUAGUUUAAGUUUUUUUGUCACAUAAUGGCAAUUCUGUUCUUCAUCUGAAAUGAAAACAUCUUCUCAAAUUUCACUUUACUGAAAGAACUGCCACAGUUUUGUUCUUGUUAUGUAUUCAUGAGAUUUCUUGAAAAUUCAUACUGUAACUUUGCACAAAGUUUGUUCAGUUUAGGGAUCCCUAUAUUUUUGUAGGUUUAAGAGGUAUUUGAAUUGUUAAAUGUAAGCUAGUUCCAUUACACUUAUAGAAUUACGAGUUAAUUAUAUGACAAUGAAUGAUCACAAUGGUCACCAUCAUUGUCUUAAACUUUAAUUCCGUGAUUUCUUCCUAAUUUUUUUAACAUUUUAAUGAUGUUGUAGCCAUGUUCUGAACACAGUAGAGGAUUGAUCAUUCUUUUAAGAGUGACUGCAAUGUAACUUCUCCUUACAAUACAACCCCUGAAUCACACAUGAAUACAGAAGAAUAAAGGAAAUGAUCAGUAGCUAACAGCUUUUGAUUGUUAAACAAAUUCUUAUGGCCAAGACCUUGGGAAAUGUAUGGGGAACAGAAUAGAGAAUAUGUAUAUUGAUGUUAGGGUGUAAAGUGUUAAUUUCAAAGAUCUGCUAUAGUACUCUUUCCUCUAGUUCUUGGUUUCAUUGUAAAUUAGGAUUUGGACUCGCAGUGUUUAUAUCCUCAGAC